AAGUGGCAACACUGUUUUGUUUCUGCAUCAUUUUUACCGUGCAUUGAUUUUCUCCGCUGUAAUCCUGCUACUUGUUUUUUUGCAAAUUCUUAAGGAUAACCUGGAUAACUUGCUGGCAAAGAAAGCAACUUUAGAAUUAAAAUAUUUAAACGCUUAAAAAACAACAAAAAGUAAACAACAAAAUGUCUCAAGUAGAUCAAAAACGAGCCUUUAAUAAAAUGAAGCAUGAUUUGGAGCCUUGGCGUAAUCUCAUUGUACAUGUUGAUGCUCUUCUGGUUUGGGAGAAGAAUUUCUAUCCGGCCAUUAUAUUUGCCGGUGUUUCCAUUUUCUUUUUGGCUUUGUGGGCCAUGGACUUGUCGAUUAUAACUCUUAUGGCAUUAGCUGGACUUAUGGGAGUACUCUUUGAUUUUCUUUAUCCCACCAUAUCGCGAGUUUUGUUCAAUGCCGACCAAUGGAAUGGUGGACAAGAAGCUCGAUUUGAGACUGUUGUUACACAGUUGUGCGAUAUCAAGUUUUUGCUUUUGGGAUGGUAUGAAUAUCUAUUUGCCAACAAGGAAAAGAAAUCUACAGUGUUUGUUAUCAUCAUGAGUGUUGCAUUGCUCGGUCUGGCCUGGAUUGGUGCAAUCUUUAAUAAUCUGCUUUUAAUGUACUUCAUAAUUUUGGGUGUCACCCUAUAUCCCGGUGUGCAAGAGAAGGGUGUACUCAAUAAAUUCAAGGAGAAAUUUGGAUGUCUUAUGAAUUCGAAAAUGGAGAAAAUACGAGAAGUAAUCAAAAAACAAGAGUAAAUUUUUGGUAAACACUCAAUUGUCCGCUUAAGAAGUUGGAGAGCGAGAAAGAUGAAACAUAAAAUACAAAACAACAACAAAAACAAAAAUUACUCAAAUUGUAUUUGUAAUUAAUUCUUUAAAAUUUCUUUAGGAUAAUUAGAAAUUAUUCCUUUAAAUGCAUUUCAUUAACAAAAAAUCUAUAGUAAGCAAAGAGAAGAAGUGGAAGUUUAUCGUAAAUCUGUGUGAGAAAAAGAAAGAAAAGACGACCAAAGCAUUAUAUAAGUAUUUAAGAAACAACCAAAUAUGCUCUACUAUAAAUAUUAAAGAAAACAUUAUUAUCUACCUUGCCAUCUUAAAUAAUCAAACACAAUCAAGCACAAAAACAUCAUACAUCACAGCGCCAUCAAUCACAUUGCCUCAAAUCUAUGGUCAGUCACAUUCUUUUCCAAAAGUAUUAUUCAAACUACCAUAACUUAGUCUCUCUAGUGUUGAAAAACACAUUAAUGUUUUAGAAAUUAAGUUUCUUUUUUUUCAAUCUCCAAAUUUUGUGUCAGAUAGGUUAUGAUGUAAACCAAAUGAAAACGAUUUUUUUAAGUUUUAGCACAGCUCGCACCUCAUUAUUCAUAUAGAGUCAUACCACCACAUACAUACAUAUGUCAUUAACAAUGAAAUAAGAAUAAAACGCAUAAUAUGUAGCUCUUGUCAUUUAACAAUAAUAUAAUUAUUAAUGUGUGAACAAUUUUUUUUUAACGGAUCAAUGAAGGAGAAUAUGUGGCUAGAGACCAUUCUUAACCCAGAUCUGUCUAUGGAAAAAAAACAAAGCCAUAAAGGGUAUUUGCUUCUAUAUUUAAUUGAUAAGAUUAAGAUAUGUAAUGGCUUGUGUGAUAAGCAUUCGUUUUGAUCUAGAGCUAUUUAGUGUUAUAAGUAUGUCUAUAAAUUCUUAAAAUAUCGAAUAUUUGAAUAUAAAAACAAAAACAAUAAAACAGGCUCUUACUUAA